UCCCUCCUCCUCUCAUUCUUUCCCCUCAAAUCCAAAUUCCAAAACCCUAACCCUCUCGUUUCUCCUCUCUCUCUAACCCUAACCCUAGUUUUUCCCCAUUUCGAACCAUCGCAGUGUCCAUAGAAGAAGAGAACGAAGAAGCAGAGAAGGGGCGACCAUGGCGAACAAGGAGAACAACUGCGCCCGCCUCACCCGCUCCGCUGCCUCGGCAGCGGCGGCGGCGGCGAAGACGCAUGCCACCACCUCCACCUACGCCCCCGCCGCCGCUGCGGCGCCACCACCUCGUCGCCUCCACACCCCGGCCAAGAGAAAGCGCAAGGCGCUGGCCGAGCUCCCGAACCUAUCCAAUGUCGCCCCCGCUCCCAAUCCCCCUCCUUUUUCCAAACCAAGAACGAGAUCGAAGGCAAGGGAAGAGGCUGCAGCGGUGACAGCGGAGGCGAUGGAGGCAGCGGCAGCGCAAAAGGAAGCUCCUUUACCUCUCACUUCCUCUAACUCUCCUUCCACUCAAUCUAAUGAGAAGGAUCCCCAAAUAUGUUCUUAUUACGCUGGUGAUAUAUAUCACUACCUUCGAUCCUUGGAGGCAGAGCCGAAGAGAAGGCCCAUUGCUAACUUUAUUGAGACAAUUCAGAAAGAUAUUACGGAAAAUAUGCGGGGGAUGCUGGUGGAUUGGUUGGUCGCCGUUGCGGAGGAGUAUAAACUUCUCCCUGAUACCCUUUUUCUCACAAUCUCAUAUGUCGAUAGGUUUCUUUCAAUGCAUGCUGUCGCUCGGAAGAAGCUGCAGCUUCUCGGAGUUUCUUGCAUGCUCGUAGCUUCGAAGUAUGAAGAGAUUAGCCCUCCUCAUGUCGAAGAUUUUUGUUACAUAACCGACAAUAGCUACACGAAGCAGGAGGUUGUGAAGAUGGAGGCAAUGGUUCUAAAAUUUCUCAACUUUGAAAUGGGAGACCCCACCGUAAAGACUUUUUUGAGGAGAUUCACAAAGGCUGGUCAAGGUUGCAAAUACCCAAACCUGUUGUUGGAGUUCUUGGGCAAUUACCUUGCUGAAUUAAGUUUGGUGGAUUAUGGCUGUGUUCGGUUCUUACCAUCGGUUAUUGCGGCUUCUUCUGUGUUCCUGGCGAGAUUCACCAUUAAUCCAAGGUCCCAACCUUGGAGUCUAUCACUCCAAAGUAACACAGGGUAUAGUGCCUCUGAGCUAAGGGAUUGCAUUGCCGCAAUCCAUGAUUUGCAAUUGAACAGGAAAUGUUCUGCCUUGAAAGCCAUCAAAGACAAAUACAAGCAGCAUAAGUUCAAAUCUGUGUCAACCUUGGUUCCUCGCUCAGAGAUUCCUCCAUCCUUCUUCAAAGACUAUAGAAGAUAAAGGCAUGGAGAGUUUUGCGACUUUUUGCAGACAAUGUCUGGUUGAUAGCUUUUUAGGAGUUAUUAUCACUUUAUAGAAGUGAUCUUUGAACAAUCUCUGAUGGCGAAAAGCUUUUUCUGGUUUCCACCACCAAAGCAGCUGUCAGGCAACUAAUGCUAAGUGCGGAAAAGGAGAGGUAUGUUGAUGUAGAUGAUCUGGACUUGUGAGUAGAUUCUGCAGAAUUUUGGGCUUCAGAAAAAUUUUGUAGUUCAACUUUUCAAAUUGACAAGUGAAAGCUACUCUAAUUUCUAUUUGUAUAUAUCUAUCUAUUUUGAAGGAAAGAAAAUCCAUAUCUACUAUAUGGUUGCAUACAUUGUGGAAGUUGCAUGUUAUGUAUCUCUGAAUAUGUGAUGUAUACAAUGUGGCAAUUGCAUGCUUUGAUGAAGUUAUUAAGUUCUGAUUCAUUUCUUGAGGCUUGAUGAUCUGGGGAGGUGGAGUUUUACUUUCAAAAGAAAAUUAUUUGGCCAGUUGGAAUUUGAAUUACGGUCUAAUUGAUGCUAUUAGAAUAAUGCAAGUAUCUCACGAAGAAAAGUUAUUAUGGAAGAUUGUAAGCCACAAUAUGGUUGAGGCACCUCUGCACUGGCAGUAAUUCUCAGGUUGCAGUUGAUCUUUAUCAAUCACCAAGCAAUUGGUUUGGCCAGCAGUGUAUAAGAUUUUUUUUUUUUGCUCAGAAGAAAACGAAUAUAGAGAU